CAAUCAUGAAAACGAUACUGCCAACACCCAGCUAACGACACACCGAUUCACAAAGGGUCUUGAUCUAGUACGUUGUGAUUCCGUAAACGGAGGAGAAAGGAAAUAUUCCAUCGAUUCUGCUGGUGUUUCUUACGUAGCCACAUGGCUCAUAUCCUGCCCUCCACAUUGUCCUUGUUCUGAAUGAGCAUCGAUUAUCUUUGAACUCUCUGCAGUUCUAGGUAUAACCUUUCAUGUCUUCCUGCCCGACUUUCACCGAUGGACCUGUCCUCUCACUUUCCGAUAUUUGGCGGUCGUGUGGGGUCUUACAUCCAGUUGUUGUGGGAACUUUUGGAUUCUUUUUCCUUUGGGGGACAUUCAGACUGUCUGGACCCCGAACGCUCGCGAAAGUGACAGUCACAGAUUUCCUUGCGUCGAUCACAAUCGGGUCGACAUUGAGUCGCAUGUUGACUCAACCGGAUGUUAAUUUAGUUAGAGGCACCAUUUCUCUCACAGUCAUCCUCGUGCUGGAAUUCUCCUUUACGUUUCUGGCUGUUCGGCUACCUCAAUUUACGCGUAUUCUACGCAAUCCUGUGCGUCUCCUGGUCUACAAUGGAUCGUUCAUAAUGCCUUCGAUUCACGCCAAUCGGUUAUCUCCUGAUGACAUCUAUGGCGCCCUUCGUCAGAAGGGUUAUGCAACCGUUUCACAUAUUGAGGCAGUGUUUCUCGAACCCAGCGGAGAAUUUAGUAUUAUCUCGAUGCAAAGUCUGCGGCAGGGAGGCAGAUAUGAAGCCUUGAUGGCUGUUCCCGAGUACCGAAGGGUGAGGGAGGCUGAUAGUGAUAGGGAUCAGCUAAAUACUGAAACAGACAAGAGUGAGGAGCUUGCUGGGCCCGACGUUGAAUCAGCGCAGACCUACCGAAACUUAUCGGAGCCUAUUGAUACCUAUUUCAGUUGGAAAAGUUCGCAGAGGAACAAAAAGAAUCAUGUGGGUAGUAGACGCGAGGAUCUCCAAAGGGUAGGAGCUGAGUAGAGUGGAAUGGGAGUUUUGUGUAUAUGUAACAUGAGGCGUCAGCAGAAAGACUUGCCUUUCGCUCAUGCUAUUAACUCAUCAAUCUGUUCAUAAAAUCCGUCGUUGGAAUUACGCUUUAAGUACAGAUCGGAGUAGCCGCGUGCAGUAAGCUCGAGCGCUACUCCGCACCUUAACGAACGUUCAUGAAUACAGACACACCUUCAAC